AUGAAUAUUGACAAUUUUAUUACACAAACAUCUGAAAACGGUGUCAACAAAGACAGAGUUGAAUUGAUGAACUAUUCUAAAGACGUCUUCAACUUAACUGAAUUUGAUCAACAAGGCAUUCAAGCAUGGAAUAACUAUGUUUCUAGAUGCUUCUCGGCUCUUGCUUAUGACAAUACCUUGUAUAGUAAUGAGUCAUACAACCUGGGAGAGUUUAUGUCAGAGGGAACCACCAACUGCCCAAAAAAGAUUGGGGAAGCUUGUGCAGUCAAGUGGGUCAUUCGCAACACCAAUAAGCAACCCACCAACAUUACUGCUGAAGAAGCCAAAGCAACUGGUAUUAAGUUGUGUUUUUCUCAGGAGUAUUCCUGUCAUCGUUGGGGAACCAAUGAAUCUAAGGCAGCUUUGCGUGUGGUUCAAAAGCGAACAAAGAAAAACAAGUGUUCUGCUCUUCUUUGUGUGAAAGGAUUCUUUAAGACACCCAAGUUUUAUGAAUUUGUUGUUACAAAAGAUCAUGCAGAGCAUACUCCUGGUGAUAUGCGUAGUGACAUUUGCACCCUUCCUCUUGCAAAGAAAUAUCUUCAUGAGUUGGCCCAGCAAUUAGAACAGUUGUCAAAAUCUGCUAGUCAAAUUAGAAUUGAUAUGUUGAGAGCUGUAGAUCGAUAUGGUAGAAAGUCUAAAAGAAAAGGUAACUAUUAUGAUAUCUGGAAUUUGAUGAACAAAAUCAAUAAAAAGCUGUAUCAUUUUGACAAAGACCAAAUGACUUCUUUCUUAAUCUGGAUGAACAACAAACUUCCUGCCUUAAACUUCAACAUCUUUAAGGCAAACACUUUAUAUUCUCCAGAUCCAUCAGCCUUUGCAUAUGGUUUUAUGUCACCCGUUCAGCAAGAAAAAAUAAAAACUGCAACUUCUUUCUGUUUGGAUGGUACUCAUGCAAUCUCUAGCAACGUGAAUGAGAUUCUUUAUACUCUUUUGGUGCAGGAUGAAGAUAUUGGUAGAGGAUGGCCUGUUGCCUUUAUGCAGAAGUUCACGCCAUUCAGACAACUUUCCCUGCAACAUCCAUUUAAUUUUGCAUCUUUCACUGUGAAGAUUCCUGGAUCCUUAAUAUCAGAGGCACGAAUUUUACGUGGUGUGAUGAUGAAGUCUCUGCAAGAGAUCAUUUAUGAAGAAGACAUAGACGAGUUUCAUCAUAAAAUUGUACAGUUUAAAGAAGACUUUGACGACCAAGAAAGCUUCUUGGAUUACUUUGAGAGAAACUGGUGCACAGAAGCAAAGUUUAAGAUCUGGAGUAGAGCAUACCAUGAACGACAAUUCUCCCAUAUGCUCACAAAUAACUAUAUCGAGUCCUGGCACAAUCAAUUAAAAACAGUUUUCAUGAAAAGAUCUAGAAACAAGAGACUUGAUAAGCUUGUUUUUGUUUUAGUACAUAAUGUUAAGUAUUAUCUCACCCAAGAAUACAAACGCGUCAUGUCAAACAAUGGUCCAAUGAGUUCUUUUACUAGACAACAAAGAAUACAUGAGAUGGAAGCUGAAGAAGUCGAUGAUGAUGACAAGGAAAUGAUGAUUGUUGCUUCUGGUACUGCAGAAGAUGUAAAUUGGCAAGUUUGGUCGUUUGUAAAUGAAAAUACAGCAUAUGUUGUUCAGGUUGCAGAGCCAAACUUGAUUAUUUUGUGCACCUGCUUUGGUUAUCAGCAAAGAUAUAAACCUUUCUCUACAUCUGAAACAGCUACAAUCACACCAACUAUCAGUCGUACAUCUGCUUUUAUACAGCAAUGUAUUGACAUCAAUCAAACACUUCGGUAUUCAAACCAAGAUCUACUGACUAUGCAACAGUAUAUGACUGAAGAUGAUGGUCAGACUUUGUUUGAUGCAUAUCAAUGCUCUCUACAAGUCUUUCAGUCUAUAAAAAACAAAUAUGAAGUUCAUCUUCGCAGAUCUCAUACACAAGAAUAA